GUGCACGCUGCUGGAGGAGCUUCACAGCGAUGUGUCGAGGACUUUAAACACACUGUGUCAUACAGUGGUGGAAGGAGGGAGAUCGCGCCGUUCUGGAUCGUAUACCGCAAGACUUCUGAUGCAAUGAGUCCGGCCGUUUUCAUUCUGAUCCAAUGUGUAUGACGAUUGACUUUCCGCACGCGAUGCUCUGACUGCCGUGUGUUUAUAUGGAGACACCCUAAAAAACAGUCAACCGGGAAAUGGUAACACAUGAACCUCCUCACUGGAAGGAACAUGGUUGAGAGGAGCAGUAAAUUUCUGUUCAUCGUUGUCGGCUCGGUUCUGUUCAUGCUGAUUUUGUAUCAGUACGUGGCUCCGGGGAUGAUGAACUUCGGCUCUCCGCACGGGUACAUGCUGGAAGACGAUGCGGAUCUCUUCCCGACUCCUGAUCCACAUUACGUGAAGAAAUACUAUUUCCCCAUCAGGGAUCUGGAGCGGACUGUGGAUUUUGAAAUCAAAGGGGAUGAUGUGAUCGUUUUCCUCCACAUCCAGAAGACCGGCGGCACCACGUUUGGGAGGCACCUGGUCCAGAAUGUCAGGCUGGAGGUUCCGUGCGACUGUAGACCGGGACAGAAGAAGUGUACCUGUUACCGACCCAAUAGGAAAGAGACCUGGCUCUUCUCUCGCUUCUCCACCGGUUGGAGUUGUGGCUUACACGCGGACUGGACCGAACUCACCAACUGCGUACCGGGGGUUUUGAACAAAAAGGAGAACAGGAUGAAAAACCAAAGGAAGUUCUACUACAUUACCCUGUUACGGGACCCCGUGUCUCGCUACUUGAGCGAGUGGAGACAUGUCCAGCGCGGUGCCACGUGGAAAACCUCCCUGCACAUGUGCGACGGGCGAACGCCCACGCCGGAGGAGCUGCCGCCCUGCUACGAAGGCACCGACUGGUCGGGCUGCACGUUACAACAGUUCAUGGACUGUCCGUACAACCUGGCGAAUAACCGACAGGUGCGCAUGCUGGCCGACCUCAGCCUGGUGGGCUGCUACAACAUGUCCUUCAUCCCGGAGAAGAAGCGUGCGCAAGUGCUUCUCGAGUCGGCCAAGAAGAACCUACGAGACAUGGCCUUCUUCGGCUUGACCGAGUUCCAGCGCAAAACGCAGUACUUGUUCGAACGGACCUUCCGCCUCAAGUUCAUCCGGCCCUUCAUGCAGUACAACAGCACGCGGGCCGCCGGCGUGGACCUGGAUAACGACACGGUGCAGCGGAUCGAGGAGCUCAACGACCUGGACAUGCAGUUGUACGACUACGCCAGGGAUCUUUUUCAACAGCGCUAUAUGUACAAGCGACAACUGGAGCGAAGAGAGCAGCGCCUAAAGAAUCAGCCCGGCCUCUUCCCCUUUCGUCGGACGCCCGGCUCCGAUAGCGUUUUCAGGGAUGAUGCGCCGGAAUCCGAGGCGUCCCGAUUGCCCACGGAGGACUACAUGAAUCACAUUAUCAACCGCUGGUAGCAGUGCUGGGGGGAGGGGGACGGUAAAAACAGGUUGACGAGGAGGAAACGGCUGCGAUCCCCAGGUCAAAUCAAACGGGAGAGAAACACGGCGGACGAGAAAGAGACAGAACUUUAGCGCCACCAUCAAAUACGGCCCUCCCCCCUUCUGUUGUGCUCCAGGAUGUCCUUCGAUCGCCUCGGACGGGAAGGACGCAAAGACUUUGCGCGUCAAGACUAACUUAAAGCACUGAGCCUGAACUUUGAAACUAAGAGGUGAAGACUUCCACAGGCGCAUUCGCCCACGGGAAGGAGAAAAAAAACAUACGUAAAAAUUAUCGGAAUUAUAUUCACUGCAGAUUUUAAAAGAAUGAACCGAAUGAAAUUGUAUAGAGGUAUUUGCUUAAAUGUCUGCUGCCAUUUCAGCCAUGAAUUUGUGACGAUAACCGUCUGUCUCUUUAUUUUUUAGUUUAUUAUGGUUCUUUUCGUUAUUUUUAAAGGGAUUUUUUUGUCCCUCAAAGAGGUAAAACUCACAGCACUGAGACCAACAGAGCUGCCUAACACUUAUUGGAUGCAAUUUAUUAGCUUUUCAUAAUCAGUGAUGACUUGAAAAGGUCUGUUCUAUUGUCCUUUUUUGUGUAUUUGCACGUCGGUUGCAAAUUUCGACGGACGGACAGGCGACGCGUGGACCAUAGCCAUUAUUUAAGCUUUCAGCAUACUGUACGCGAAAAUCCCGUGAGCUAAGUGUACUAAUAUAACCUUACCGAAUGUGAGAGGUGUUUUGUUUGUCUGAUCUGACAGUGAUGUUAUUGGCCGAGACAAAUUGUCAUCAGCACCCAAUCGAGGCCAUUUCUUGGUAGCCGAAGCGGGAACCCGGUGGAGAUCCAAAGAGGAAACUGUGUCUUAUUUUACACUUAGUAAGGAUGGGCUCUGCGUUUCUAAGCGAAGUCAUUGACUCCGUAAUGACGCCUGUAUGUCAGUCAAUAACAGGAGCGUCGUAGAGUUUGUGUGUAAGCGUGUGUGAAAGAGCGAGCUUGUGAAACGCAAGAGCAGAAUGAAGAAGCAGCGAACGCAGCCUUUAUAAAUGUCACCACCAUUCCCAAUUCCCAGAGACUACUCAUUAUUUAGUAUGCGGGUGGAUGGAGGAUGACUGUGUGUGUUUGAGACUCUAAGCAUUCUAUUGAGGGUGACUGUUUUAAGUAUGCAAGCAUGUUUGGCUGUUACUUUUUUCUGUACGAAUGUGUGCGAGUGUGUUUCAUGACCAGUCUCUUGCCAUGGUCCUCAGGGACUGAAGCUAAUGCCAGUAGGGGGGCAAGAAUGAUGUCACAUGUCUCCCCUUAUGCAAAUCUUUGAGUUGUUUGUUGUUACAGGAAUAGUUUGCACUGAGAAAUGACAGUUCUGUCAUUAUUUACUCACUCCCAAUGCUCAAACAGUGAAGCUGAAUAGGGUCUGGAGCUGUGGAGCACCAAAACUGUAUUUAAAGAGAUAGUACAUCCAAAAAUGAAAAUUCUGUCAUUAAUUACUCACCCUAAAUGCCAUUCCAAACCCGUAAGACCUACAUCUUCGGAACACAAAUGAAGAUAUUUUUGAUGAAAUCAACAGCUUUCUGACCCUGCAUAGACAGCAACUACCAUGUUCAAGGUCCAGAAAGGUGACUUCAGUGGUUAAACCUUAAAUUUAUGAACUACAAGAAUACUUUUUGUGCGCAAAGAAAACAAAAAUAACGACUUUAUUAAAGUUGACCACACAAGGAAUAUUUUCUCAAUGUAUUUUUACUACAUUUUUGGGCCUUGAAUGUGGUAGUUGCGUUGCUGGCAAGGUCAGAAAGCUCUCAGAUUUCAUGAAAAAUAUCUUCAUUUGUGUUCCAAAGAUGAACGAAGGUCUUACAGAUAUGAAAUGACAUUUAGGGUGAGUAAUUAAUGACAGAAUUUUCAUUUUUGGGUGAACUGUCUCUUUAAAUUUGCUAUAUUUAAAGUAUUUAAGUCAUAAGGACUAUCAGUUUUGAGCUUAAAGGAAAAGUUCACUUCCAGAACAAAAAUCUACAGGUAGUUUACUCACCCCCUUGUCAUCAAAGAUGUUCCCGUCUUUCUUCAGUCGUAAAGAAAGUGUUUUUGAGGCAAACGUUUCAGGAUUUUUCUCAAUAUAGUGGACUUCAAUGGUGCCUGUGAGUUUGAACUUCCAAAAUGCUGUUUAAAUGCAGCUUCAAAAGGCUCUAAACAAUCCCAGACAAAGAAGAAGGGUCUCAUCUAGUGAAACAAUCAGUUUUUUUUUUUUUUCUAAAAAUAAUACCAUUUAUAUACUUUUUAACUUCAAAUGCUCAUCUUGGUAGCUCUGCGUGAACAUUGCGGGUCAAUACAGUUAGGGAAUGUUGAAAAAUUCCCGACCCUGAAGUACCGACCCAGUGCUUACAAAGGGAACACGCAAGGAGGGUCAAAUACCCUUUACAAAAAAAAGGUAAAACAGCAAUGUAGGAUGGUUUUGAAGUUGGAGGAGAAAAUGAGAUGGGAGGUUUUCAACAUACCCUAACUGUCAUGAACCGGAAGACACAGAGUUCACGCAGAGCUAGACAAGAUGAACAUUUGAGGUUAAAAAGUAUAUAAAUUGUACAUUUUUUUUUUAGAAAAUAACCAAUAGUUUUGAUAGAUAAGACCCUUCUUUCUUGGCUGGCAUCAUUUAGAGCUACAUUUUGGAAGUUUAAACUUACGGGCACCAUUGAAGUCCACUGUAUGGAGAUAAUUUCUUUACGACUGAAGAAAGAAAGACAUGAACAUCUUGGAUGACAAGGGGGUGAGUACAUUCUCUGUAAAUUUUUGUGCUGGAAGUGAACUUCUCUAACAGCUCUAAUCCUCAUAACGUUUCAUUGUACGCUAUAUAAAAGAGCAGCAUGAACAUGAAAAAGAAAGUCAUAUUGAUUUGAAACAACAUGAGAGAGAGUAAAUAACAACAGAAUUGUCAUUUUUGGGUGAGCUGUCCCUUUAAGUUGGCAACUACGCAACAACUUCAAAGUAAACAGUAUGUGAAUAAGGUAUCAGGAAGAAAUACCCCACUGGAAGUGUGUCCUUCCUGUUUAACUGACUCUUGAGGUGUUAUGAGGGACGUUUUGACUUUACUUACUGCUCUGCAAUGGGAAUUUGUUUUCUCGAUAACCAUAAAGACAGACUACUCUUCACUUACUGCAUAUUUAACCAAACCUAGAGUGUUAUGUUAUGUUAUUCAGGAACAAAUGUCUAAUUCAUGAUUCAUGAAUGAAGGCAGCCCUUUAUUAAUAUCUCAAUGUGACGCUGUCAUUCCCUUCAGCUGAUACGCUCUUAAUGGAAACCCUCAGUGGGUUUUGUAGUAAUUGUUGGUCUCAUUGCAAAAUAGUUCGGUGACCAAGUGUUUCUCAGUCUUAAUUCAACAAUGGCAUCCAGCCAAUCAGAUUAGAGUAUUGGUGUGCUUUAAAAAUGAUCAACUGUCAAAUGUUAGGCCAGAAACAUACUCUAUAAUGAUGCUAACAAACCUCAGUACUCAAGGGGGCGACAGAGUCACCUUCAAAUAUCUGUGCCAUUCAAGUCAUUAUUCAGGUAACUAGCUAUAGGUGGUUUAACUUUUACUUACAAACUCAGCCAUGACGGUAGUUGACCUAAAAGAGAAAACUGGCUCAGUUAAUGCUAAAGCCUGCUAUAGUGCCCCUAGUGGUAACGCUGAGAAUGCAACACGUAUCUGAGUUGCAUUAUCAAUUGCAUUUGUCUCUAAAAUAGCUAGAGGCAUUUGCCUUCACCUACUCCUCUAGAGUAUGUUUCUGGCCUGUGUGAAUUCAACUCUUUCUGAAAGAAUGUGUUUGUAAGCGUGCAAGAGCAGCACUAGCGAAUCCCUGAGCCCUGCUCCUGGGUGCAUUUAUUCAUCACAUCCAAUUCAUCUGCUCUGGGUAUUUUUCUCAUCAUUUCAACAAUGGAUCGUCAAAUACACCAUUAAAAAAGAUUUCAUUUUUAUAUAAACGCGUCAGUGCCUUCCUGUCUUUAUUUUCAUUUCUGCUCUGGGAAAGUGUCUCUAAACUCACACAUUUAAGGG